AUGUUGGCUCGGGAUGCUGCGACGCAGACGGCCUUGAUCGUUCGUCACUUCGAUGUGGCUGAUGGAAUGGCCAUGGACGGCUUCGACACGCACGAGUACAAGAAGGACAAUUUCCCUGGAGCUGCGGUUCUGGGUGUGGCGGGCAUUCAUCUUCUGCCGGUCUUCCUGGCGGUAUUCAAUGUGAAGGAGGUUGUCUUGGUAGUGUUGCCGGGCUUCCAAAUGGAGGGAGUGGCCCUUGUGAUGCUAGGGAAUAUGUUCCUGAUGGGGGUGAAUCUCUGUAUGUUGUUGCGCGUCGCCUCUGCGAUGACUAUGAUCAUCCUGCCGAUCGUCACUCUGGAGUUGGUCCUGACUGCGUUGGGGAUAUGUCUGCCAGCCUUCCAGCUGAUUCAGGCUGAUGGAGUUCCUCUUGUUGGUGUUGUGGAUAUUCGUGGUGUUGGGGGCCCGCAGACGGUUGUGGUCUUCGUGGUUGUGAUAUUCGUGUUUGUGAUAUUCCUGCAGACGGUGGUGCCGAUCGUCUUGGCGAUCUUUUUGCUGUUGGUAUUCCUCAUGCUGGCGAUGGUGCCGAUCUCCCUGCUGGGGGGCAUCGUGGUGCUGAUAUCCCUGCCUGUCUUCCUGCUGGGGUUAUUUGAGGUCCUUGCGUGGGCCAUUGUGAUGCUGACCUUCGUGCUGCGGAUAUUCCUGGCGAUCUUCCUGCCGAUCUUCGCGGUGCUGUUCUUCAUGCUGGGCAGAUUUGUCCUGCAGGCGGUAGUGCCGAUGUUCCUGCUGCUGAUCGUCCGUAUGGCGCGCAGGAUCUCCAUUGUGCUGGGGAUGAUGAUCACCCUGGUCGUGCAGAGCUUCCUCCGGAGAGUGGCACUGAUCUUCCUGUCUGAUGCUGAUGACCUUCCUGCCGAUAUCCUGGUCACCCUGGCGGAGGACGGGGCUUUCGUGCCGGACGCUUUGCUGACAGAGUAUCGCCCGCGCCUCAAGAAUAAGUUCUAA